UAUAAUAUAUAGGGCAACAAGAUUCUUGAAGUUCGUGUAUCUGCUAUAAAUUAAUAAUUGUUCGCAGAAGAGAGAGGUCGUUCAUUCUUGCACAUCAAGUUUUAGUUUUUGUCCAUACUUUAGAAAAAGUGCUCCUCCUUAUAUCAUGGACAUGCGCAUCAUUCGAGCUUAGAACAAGCAAAUACUUUCACACAUAUACUUCAAAAUCAAAAGGGAUUGUGGUGCCGAGCCAUGACAAACGUGUGAAGCUUCUGCCAUUUGUCUUAUAAGUGCAGUGUCAAUUCAAAAGAUCAAACCAGCUGAAUUUGAGACCUCCACGAGGUACUCCGCGGAUAUGGCAUUGGCACGGAUAGCAAGGAGCGGCUUGAGGGGCUCAGGAGCCGCCAUUGGCAAGCGCACAAGUGAGAAGGACAUACUAUGUGAGGGAAUAUCCACACACAAGUAUUCUUUACCUUCUGUUGAAACUAAUACAGCAGUCCGAAGUUUUUCAUACCUCCCAAGUACCAAGAAGGUGGAUCAUAUGAUGAGCUCAGGGAGCAGGGGAAUCAGGAUAACCCCACAUUAUCAGUUUGCUCAGGCAGAGAGGAUCAUGGAGGUGUCUGAUUCAGAGCAUGAACAACCAAGAUAUCCUAGUCUGGAAGCUACCAAGCCAGGGCAAAAGCCGAGGGUGGUUGUCCUUGGCACUGGGUGGGCAGCUUGUAGAUUCCUCAAGGGGCUUGACACCAAAAUUUAUGAUAUUGUUUGCAUUUCGCCAAGGAAUCACAUGGUCUUCACUCCAUUGCUUGCUUCGACUUGUGUUGGAACCUUGGAAUUCCGCUCAGUAGCUGAGCCAGUUGGUCAGAUACAGUCUGCAUUAGCGAAAGAUCCCAAUUCCUACUUUUACCUGGCGUCUUGCACUGGUAUCAACACAGAGAAACACGAAGUGUACUGUGAAACAAUUGGCAAUGUGGGACUUCCUAAUGAUCCCUACAGAUUCAGAGUUGCAUAUGACAAGCUUGUCGUUGCUAUUGGAGCUGAGCCCUUGACAUUUGGUAUAAAGGGAGUUAAAGAACAUGCAUUUUUUCUUCGUGAAGUAAAUCAUGCCCAGGAAAUAAGGAAGAAGCUUCUGUUAAAUCUGAUGCUCUGUCAAAAUCCAGGUGUAUCAGAAGAAGAAAAGGAACGCCUGUUACACUGUGUUGUAAUUGGAGGUGGCCCUACUGGGGUAGAGUUUAGUGGUGAACUAAGUGAUUUUAUCAUGAGAGAUGUCCGUCAACGGUAUGCUCAUGUGAAAAAUUACAUCCGUGUCACACUCAUUGAGGCAAAUGAGAUAUUGUCAUCAUUUGAUGUUGGACUACGGCAAUAUGCCACAAAACACUUAACCAAGUGUGGUGUUCGCCUUGUUCGUGGUGUCGUGAAAGAGGUGCAUCCCAAAAAAAUAGUUCUCAGUGAUGGGAGUGAUGUUCCUUAUGGCCUCUUGGUCUGGUCUACUGGUGUUGGUCCCUCUGAGUUUGUAAAAUCAAUGGAUCUCCCCAAGUCCCAAGGUGGAAGGAUUGGAGUUGAUGAAUGGAUGCGAGUUCCUUCUGUGGAAGACGUGUUUGCACUUGGAGAUUGUGCUGGUUUUCUUGAUCAGACUGGAAGGCAGGUGCUUCCAGCAUUAGCUCAGGUUGCAGAAAGGGAAGGAAAAUUUCUUGUGCAGCUGUUUGACAAGAUUGGGAAGCAGAAUGGGGGCAAAGCUUUCUCGGCAAAGGACAUUCCAUUGGGAGAGCCUUUCUCCUACAAGCAUCUUGGAAGCAUGGCAUCAGUAGGGGGUUAUAAGGCACUGGUUGAUCUACGCCAGUCCAAGGACGCAAAGGGCAUCUCACAUGGGGGUUUCGUUAGUUGGCUGAUUUGGCGCUCUGCUUACCUAACACGUGUCCUCAGCUGGAGAAACAGGUUCUACGUGGCAGUCAACUGGGCUACUACACUGGUCUUCGGCAGAGAUAACACAAAUUUUUAGGCGGGUUUCCUACCGUGUGAGUACUAACACGUGUCCUCAGCUGGAGUAGUAUCAAAUUUUGCAUAUGUGGUUGAAGAGGAUUUUGAUUAAAAAAUAGAUAUAGCUCUGGGCAUAGAGUGAAAGUUUGAUAUUUGUCUGGAUUACGUUGGUAGCUUUGCAUUGGCUUCAAUUUUAGUUUAUCAAGUUUUACUGGAGAUUCAUUAAUUUACAGAUUAUGGGAGCUAGUUAGUUAGACACAAAUCAUCAUAUAUAAAUCACAUCUAAAUCAUUAAAUCGAAAAUGUUGUGUAUUCUAAAUUGUUUGUAGCAAUUGUCUUGUUUUCAUAAGUUCACAAAUAAAAUGACAAUGCCAGUGCGGUUCUGCAGCAGAAAAAACCCACAAAUCAAACCUAGCUACUUUAUGGCGGUGAUAAACACAUACUACAACCUCUCAAUAUGUAUAUAUGUGUGUGUUACAAGCUCUCAAUAUGUAUAUAUGUGUGUGUCUGAAAUACAAAAAAAGGGCCUCAGAUCUUGUAUGCAAGAGAGUCCUUGGUGACACGUACUCGUGAGCUUCCCAUAUUUAAGCAACAAGAACCAAAAGAAAAGAUGGAAGCAAAAGAAUGGGCC